AUGCGGUGGGGAACGGUUGUGAUACUUUUUAGUCUAAUUUAUUCAGUGACAUUGGCGAAAGAAAACGACGGGAUACCUAGGUUGGAUGUUCUCGCAAGGUCAUCAGUAUACAACGCCGGGGAAAAGAAAGCCAUUUAUUGCAAAGGGGAAAAUCUUGAUCAGAACUUAGAAUGGCUUUCGCCGUCCGGUAUGCCUGUCAAAGGUAGAUCUUCUACAAACACCAGAGUGUAUGUAGAGAGGCAGAAAAACGACUCACUGCUUCCAUUGAUUAUACAUAGCUUAAAGAUAGAAGAUAGUGGCAAUUGGACUUGUAAAGCCGGAGACCUCAAUGAAACUAUAGAAAUUUUAGUUGGAGAAAAGGUAAACAUUUCCAAUCGAUAUGAGAGCUUUGAAGGGGAAGAGGGAAAAUCAGCAAGACUGAACUGUGAAGCGAAAGGGAGACCACAGCCGGUUGUACAGUGGUACAAGGAUAUUGAAGUUAUAUCCGAUAAAACGAAAAAGUACGUCGUUAGAAAGAAGGGGGAUAACUAUCAGUUGGAAAUUAAGGAUUUAAAUCAUCAAGAUACUGGCGAGUACGUCUGCAAGGUCACACAAAAUGCUCUGCGGUAUUAUACAGAUAAACGGGUACAGCUCACUGUGCAACAUAAACCAAUACUUUUUAACAGCGACACUGAAGAAAUAUAUUCGUCUACUUACAGAACAGAAGAAAUAUAUGCCAUUUUGAAUGAAACUAAAAAUGUGUCAUGCAGUGCUAUCGCUCAUCCUGUACCAACAUUCAGUUGGUCCAGGAGACAUGAAAAUGAAUUCGAUGAGCCUAUCGAGGAUGAGGAAAAGGUGCUGAAGUCUCCAAGUGGCAAUGUUUCAGUUCUUGUGCUUAGAAUGUACAACGAAAGCUUUUACGGAGAGUAUAAAUGUACCGCGAAGAAUCCUAAGGGGCAAGCUUCCGUCGUUUUUCACGUCACGGAAGGCAAUAAACCAAAUCCUCCCGAUGAAAUUAGCGUUUUCACUUCUAAUGUAAGCACAAUAACGUUCAACGUUACUUGCUACAGCUGUAACAUGGACUUUGAGGAAGAUAAGGCUCCAGAUCCAGCUAACCUAGUUGUUAUUGGUUACUCAUUUGAGCUAGUGCCCGUACGGGCCGGAUAUCCUGCAGAAUGGGACAACGCGACAUUAUAUGACAUAGAUAUCCAAUCAGCAAACGAUACGUUGUUCACCGUUGGCCAGCUGCCAAAUGGCACGACCUUCCACGCUCGUGUUCGCACACGCAACGCAGCUGGUCACUCGGAGUGGGUGGACAUCAUCUCUUCUGAUAUUAAAACCACUGACAAAGCCAUAAAGUUGAUCGCGUCUUUAACCCUACUCCUCGCAAGUCUAUUAGCCAUCAUGUAUAAC